AUGACCACAACACCACCGAAACCCGUCGACCUCACCCUCCCGCGCAUCCUCUGCCUCCACGGCGGCGGUGUCACAGCCGAAAUCUUCCAACUGCAAGCCCGCAGCCUCAUCAAAGCCCUCCCAACCUUCCGCCUCGUCUUCGCCGACGGUCCCUUCUACUGCGCUGCUGGCCCCGGAAUCGUCCCCGUCUACGAAGACUAUGGCCCCUUCCGACGCUGGCUGCGCUGGCUACCCGAACACGCCGAUAUCGAUGACGAGUCCGCCAUCGAAGAAGUCAUGUAUUCGAUAGAGACUUGCAAGAGCAGUGACCCGGGAACAGGGCCUUGGGUGGGGUUGAUGGGUUUCAGUCAGGGUGCUAAGCUUGCGGCGAGUUUGCUGUACGAUCAGCAGGUGCGGGUCGAAAAGACGGGGGUCGCGGAUACGGAUUACAAGUUCGCGGUGCUGUUGGCGGGUAGACAGCCGUUGAUGCAGUUGUCUGAGUAUUCGGUCGGGCCUGCUACGCUAGGCGCUGGGGAGAUCAGUGAGGGGUUUCAUUAUGAUGGGCCUAACGAGCAUAUCCUUAGGCUGCCGACGAUUCAUGUUCACGGGUUGAAUGAUGCUGGCUUGCAUCUGCACAGAGAUUUGAUGAGAAAGUACUGUCAUCCUGAUAGUGUGACGCUCGUUGAAUGGGAUGGCACGCACCGCGUACCGCUGAAGAAGACGGAUGUCGACAAGAUAUGCACCGAGAUAUAUAGAGUCUCCAAAGAGCAGAGUAUAAGGUGUUAG